AUGAAUGGGGAGCAUCCCAUCCGUUCGGCGUGGAAAGCGACCUUCGACGGCACCGACAGGAACACCUUCUCUCAAAUCUACAGCAUCAUCUCACCUGAGGUGAAGGGCUUCAACGGCAUCGGAAUGUGGGUCCAGAACACCGUCUCCGACGUCAUGGUCACCUGGCACCAUGGGGCGGCCCUCAAGAUCCACAUGUUAACGGAUGGAGGAGCCCACAAGGAGGCCGUGCUCGGCAAUCCUCUGGACUACGACGGCGCUAAGUUCGCCGUUGUCAUCCCCAAGUCCACCUUCUGCACGGUCGAGUCUACCUCGGAUAAGACCUUCGCCUUCCUCUCCUACAUCGCCAUCCCAGGUUGGACGAUGGAGGGACACAAUGAGUUUUCGCUCAAGGACAUGGAGGCCAAGUUCCCUGAUCACUCGGAACUCUUCAAGGCUCUGGCCACGCCGGGCAUCAGCAAGAGUGGCCACCACGACCGCCAUGAUGAUCAUGAUGAUCACGAUGAUCAUGAUGACGACCAUCAUCACGGCCAUCACGGUCACCGCAGACACCGCCGUCGCUAGUCUUUCACAAUGUGAUGGUAUGCUGCAUACAAGCAUAUCUUCGGUUUCGAGGUGGACCUCAGCAGCAAAGUGACCCGUCACGAUCGCCACUCACCAGUGACACACUCACCUAUCACGUCAAUAAACUCGGAGUGCAGGA